GAGGCUGAGAGAAAAAAUGACAUCCGUGACGACAUCGGGAUGAUCUGACAGAGGUGCGGCAGAACCGAACCGAUUUCCAUCGACCAAACUGCACAUUAAAUGCUUGGGUUUGCUGAGGUGUAAAUUAAGGCACUGCUCCCCAGUGAGAAAGCGACAGAAGGGCCGUGAAAAUCAGCCCUAAUGGAAGAGAUAGAAACAGAGCUGACCUGCUCCGAGCAGGACGCUUUAGGAGCAGACUUCAUCACGGUCGAGCUUGACACCCAACCCAUCGAAUACGUGGUCAAGUGGGCCGAGGUGGGCUCAAAAUUCACCAUAGCCUGUGUCAAAAAGGAUUUGGACGAGGCUGGUUGCUUCACCUCCGAUCAGAUAGUGAAAGUGGAACCGGACGAGACGUUCUUUGUCCCUUACGAGUCGGUGUACCCAGAAUGUGAGGAAGUAGAUCCGAAUUUGAUCCCGACGCACGAGGAGGAGGUGGGAAGUGAAUCAGGCUCGGACGACAACACGGAGCCGGAGAACAGCCAGCUGUGCGAAGCCGAGGACGUUUCUGAUAUUUCCUGGGAGAAGGAGGUGUCUCACACUAGAACCUAUAAGUGCCACUUCUGUGGCAAGAUCUACAGCCAUUCCUCCAGUCUGGCUCGCCAUCUGCACGUUCACUCGGAUAGAUCGGCCCUCGCUUCCUCGAAGGGUUUCAGCAAGUUAGGCGACAGCAAAAAGUCUCUCCAGUGCAAUCUGUGCGGGGUAAGGUGCAACGGCAAGCGGCUUUUGGCGAUUCACAAGAAAUGCCACAAAACCAAGAGACUGCACACGUGCAACACAUGUGGCAAAACGUUCAAUCACAGCUCCAGUCUGUCGCGGCAUCGGUUAAUCCACAAAAAAGGCUUGGAUAAAAGCGUUAGGCCGUUGUACCCGGCGCCGACCCCGGCGCCCAUCAUGACCCAGCACAGUUUCCAAUCCAGCCACGGCACGAAUAAACGAAUGCCGGUCUCAUCGGGUGAGCGAGAGAAGCAAUACCAGUGCGCUCAGUGCGACAGGGUCUUCAGCCACUCCGCCGGCCUCUCCAAACACCAGGUGGCUCACGUGCGGCAGCUCCUCAACUCGUACACGCACGGCAAAGACUCGCUCGACAAGUCCUCGGACCUCAAGAUCCGCCUGAAGCUGUGCUCCCGCGACAAGCCCAACUACUACACCCUGUGCAAGAAGAACAAGCACAGUAAAGGAGGCAAGAAGAGGCUGUGUUUGCCUAACGAAGAGCGGCCGUACCCCUGCCGCAUGUGCGACAAGCGCUUCAGCCACACCACCAGCCUGUCCCGCCACGAGCACACACACGCCAGCGACAAGUGCUACACCUGCAACGUGUGCAAGAAGACCUUCAUCCGCCUGUCCAACCUCAAGCAGCACCAGCAAACGCACGCGUCGGGGAAGCUCUACGAAUGCCCGCAGUGUGGGAAAACUUUCGUUCACUCCUCCAGCUUCUCGCGCCAUAAGAAGGUCCACGCGGGAAUGAAGCUGUCGCCGACACUGGAAGACAUUAAGUGCGAAGAGGAACUGGUCAUCGACGAGGUGGCCCCGCUGGAAUACGAGUCGGACUGAGAGGGAUUGAGAUUGUUCUGGAACUUGUUGUUGUGC